AUGUUAAUGUUGAGGAAAGUGAGCCGUUUGAAUCAAUUUUUGAAUGUUUGUCUCGGUAGAAUUUCCAAAUGCCCAUCCACCGCUGGUGGGGCCCACGCCCCUUAUAACUUUCAUGGACAGAAUAUUUCCCCCACAUUUCGCCGCGAAUACAGACAUUCUUCCCACGAUUUCACGCCUGUUGGGUCUGUUUUGGUCCAGGCCCGGGAUACGGGUAAACUUCACGAGGAUCUCGAGACUGCAAUCAGUGAGCAUAGACUCGAGGAUGCGUGGGGUUUGCACGAGCAGCACAUCCGCGUGGAAGGUUUUGCUAGAAAAUCUGUUUUCUGCAAGCUGAUUGCUAAAUCAGCCGAGAGUUCGGAUGUUAACUGGCUCGGAAGGGCUUAUGCACUGGUCGAGAAAGCCAUUGAGGAGCACAAGCAGACUUUAUUCGAUAAAGACACACUCGUCUAUCUAUCCCUGGGCCUCGCUAAAUUUGGACUACCGAUACCUGCAUCAACUAUUUUGAGAAAGCUCGUUGAAAUGGAAGAUUUCCCUCCCGUGGCAGCCUGGUCGGCAAUAAUAGCCCACAUGUCAAUAAACCCCCCCGGAUCCUAUUUAGCUGCCGAGCUGGUUCUCGAAAUUGGUUACUUGUUCCAGGAUGGGAGAGUCGAUCCUCGGAAAAAGUGUAAUGGGCCGUUGCUGUCUAUGAAGCCCAGCCCAACCGCAUUUAACAUUGCUUUGGUGGGGUGCCUUCUGUAUGGCACCACCCGGAAGGCCGAGCAGCUUCUUGAUAUGAUACCUAGGAUUAAUAUGAAACCUGAUGCAGUAACACUAAUAAUAAUGGCUCACAUAUUUGAAAGAAAUGGCAGAAGGGACGAGCUGAAAAAGCUCAGGCGACAUAUUGAGGAGGUUCCAAGCAUAAAUGAUACUCAGCUUCGACAGUUUUACGGUUGCUUGCUUUUAUGUCACCUUAAAUUUGGGGAUUUAGAGUCUGCCUCUAGCAUGGUUCUAGAAAUGCUCCGUAAGGCGAAAAAGGCUAGGGAUUCUCUUGGUGUGGCUAAUUUAAUUUUCGAGGCUGAUAAAAGAGGUAGCACGCGUGCAUCACAUGCUCGGGAUGUUUCGCUUAAGGAUUCAUGUGAUACGAAACCCGAUACACCAGUAAACGGGAGUGAGUUUUUAUGUUAUGAAGAGUUUUGCCGUGAUAGAAAGUACUCCAGGCUCGAAGCUGAGACGAAGGCGAUACUCGACAGCUUGGUGGAGAAACUACAGGGGCGAGUUGAGCUGGUCACUACUGAAAGAGGCAUACUCAAGCCAACCGAGCAAGUGUACAUGAAAUUAGUCCGAGCUUUCUUGGAAACGGGAAAAAUAAAGGAUUUAGUCGAGUUUUUAACCGAGGCGGAGAAGGAAGACUCCCCUGUAUCAGCCGAUAGCUCGAUUUUAUUCCAUGUAAUCAACUCAUGCAUUUCCUUCAGCUGGUUGGAUAAAGCGCACGAUCUCCUAGACGAGAUGCGCUUAGCUGGCAUCCAAACCCCUCCAUCCGUCUACAAUUCCCUUCUCAAAGCGUACCACAGAGAAAAUCGAGCAAACGAGAUGAAAUCCUUAAUACGGGACGCCCGCAGGGCUGGCAUCCAGCUGGACGCAUCUUCGUACGAGUCUCUAAUCGAGUCCCGUGUGCUCGAAAACGACACGGGUGGGGCCCUCAGCCUGUUCAAAGAGAUGAAAGAAGCCAAAAUAAUACCCAGAGGCGGACCAAAAGACUCGAAAGAAGACCGUGUAAUGUCGAAACUGCUUCAAGAGAUCAAAGAAGGACACGGAGCAGACAACACAGCCGUACACGACUGGAACAACGUGAUUCACUUUUUCUGCAAGAAAAGGCUGAUGCAAGAUGCCGAAAAGGCCUUGAAGAAGAUGAGGAGUCUCGGCCAUUCCCCUAAUGCACAGACUUUCCACUCGAUGGUGACGGGAUAUUCUGCAGUUGGCGGGAAAUAUGUGGAGGUGGCUGAAUUAUGGGGUGAGAUGAAGUCUAUUGCUUCAGCUAGUGGGAUGAAGUUCGAUGUGGAGCUUUUGGAUGCUUUGCUUUACACGUUCGUGAGAGGAGGGUUCUUUGCUAGGGCAAAUGAGGUGGCGGAGAUGAUGGAGAAAGGACAGAUGUUUGUGGACAAGUACAAGUAUCGAGCGCUUGUUUUGAAGUACCACAAGACGAUGUAUAAAGGAAAGGCGCCCAAGGUGCAGACAGAGUCCCAGUUGAGGAAGAGAGAAGCUGCUUUGGCUUUCAAGAGAUGGGUGGGUUUGUGA